UUUCCCACACGCCUAAAAUCACCAUCAAAUGACAUAAUCACAUGCACUUACUUACACACACCAUGAGACUUGAGAGCACUAUAAAAUUCAACCCAAACAUCCCCCAAAUUCCCUACUAUCAUAUUCAUCACCUAAUCAUAUCACUACAAUUUUACACCAUUUUCUAAGUAUCCAAUCAUCCAAUCAUUUAUGUUCAUCAAUGAAUAGCAAAAUGUUUCAUUAUACUUCAUGUUUUCAAGCAAGAUUGCUACAUUUUACAUCAUGUUUCCUUGUGCUUACAACUCUAUUUUCCUACUUUCCAAAAUUAUGUUCUUCAUAUGAAGCUGAUAAAAUUUCAAGCUUUCCUGGGCAACCUCCUGUUAGUUUCCAGCAAUUUGGUGGUUAUAUAACUGUUGAUGAAACCCAGAAAAGAAAUCUAUUUUACUACUUUGUUGAAGCUGAAACUAAUCCUUCUUCUAAACCCCUUGUUUUGUGGCUAAAUGGAGGGCCUGGUUGUUCAUCAAUUGGAGCAGGAGCUUUCGCUGAACAUGGACCUUUCAAGCCUAGUGGAAGUGUGUUAAUCAAGAAUGAUUAUAGUUGGAAUAAAGAAGCAAACGUAAUUUAUCUUGAAUCACCAGCAGGAGUUGGAUUUUCUUACUCAGCUAAUAAAUCAUUUUAUGAUGGAGUCAACGAUGAUAUGACAGCAAGAGAUAAUUUAGUGUUUCUUCAAAAAUGGCUAGAAAAAUAUCCAGAAUACAAGAAUAGAAAUCUUUUUCUCACCGGAGAGAGUUAUGGAGGGCAUUAUGUUCCACAACUUGCUAAUGUCAUAUUGACAUCAAACCUUAAAUCAAAUCUCAAGGGAAUUGGUAUAGGGAAUCCGCUACUAGAGUUCAACACCGACUUCAAUUCAAGAACAGAAUAUCUUUGGUCUCAUGGACUAAUAUCAGAUGCAACAUAUGAACUUUCCCAAAAAAUUUGCAAUUAUUCACAAAUUAGAAGACAAGCACAAAAAGGGUUCUUAUCUCCUUCUUGUGCCCUAGUAAAUUCUCAUAUGUCUAGUGAAAUUGGCAAGUUUAUCGACAAAUACGACGUCACUUUGGACGUUUGUAUUUCUUCUAUUUCUCAACAAGCUCACAUCCUUGAUCAUAGGGUAAAUAAGAAUGAAGAGAAAGUAGAUGUUUGUCUAGAUGAUGAAAUAACCCAAUACUUCAAUCGAAAGGAUGUACAAAAAGCCAUGAAUGCACAACUUAUUGGAGUCACUCAAUGGUCUACUUGUAGCUUUGUGCUAAAUUAUCACAUGGAGGAUCUUGAGGUUCCUACUCUUCCACUCAUAGGGAAAUUCGUGAAGAGUAGCAUUCGAGUUUUGGUUUACAGUGGUGACCAAGAUUCAGUCCUACCACUAACUGGAUCAAGAGCGUUGGUGAAUAAACUGGCAAAGGAAUUAGGACUCAAAACCACUGUGCCUUACAGAUCCUGGUUGUCUGAUAAACAGGUGGGUGGAUGGACUCAAGUAUAUGGAGACAAUCUUGCAUAUGCAACUAUAAGAGGAGCAUCACAUGAAGCUCCAUUUUCACAGCCUGCUCGAUCUCUCGUUCUUUUCCGUUCGUUCCUAGAAGGGAAGCCGCUUCCUGAUGUUUCUGAAGCUUGAUAAGUAUUGAUUCAACCAUACCGCCAUAACAAAUUUCAACAGUUUUAGUCACAAUUUCCAUAGCUGUUGACAAAUAUAAGAACACACUACUGUAAUGCAGGAAAUACCAAUGACUUACCAUAAUUAAAUCACAUAA